UGCUUUGAGGCAAGUUUAAUGCGCUUUGCAUACAAAUGACGAAUUAUGAGAAUCUUAUAAAUUUGCCAUUAAAUUUUAAUGCAAACAACAACAAUAACGGCAGCAACAACAACAACAACAACAGCAACAACAACAACAAUAGCAGCAGCAGCAGCAAUAACAACAACAACAAUCAGCAGCAGCAGCAACAUGGAAAUCUUCUUAGUGAGAACAAUGGCAAACUUGCCAAUGCCGCCGAGCAGCUCUUGAAUAAAAUGUCGCAGCGCGAUUUCUCCGAGAACGAACCGGAGUGCACGCCGGAGCUGCCGGCGGCGAAUCGCGCGCUCUUCUUGGAGAAGGUGCGCCAAUCGAAUGCGGCGUGCCAGGCGGGCGACUUUGCGACGGCGGUGCUGCUGUAUACGGACGCACUGCAGCUGGAUCCGGGCAAUCAUAUACUGUACAGCAAUCGGUCGGCGGCGCGACUGAAGCAGGGGCAAUUCGCGGCGGCGCUGCAGGAUGCGACGCAGGCGCGUGAGCUGUGCCCACAAUGGCCGAAGGCGUAUUUCAGACAGGGCGUGGCACUGCAGUGUUUGGGACGCUAUGGCGAGGCGCUGGCAAGCUUUGCCGCUGGGCUGGCGCAGGAGCCGCAGCAUAAGCAGCUGCUGGCGGGUUUGGUGGAGGCGUCACUCAAGUCGCCGCUGCGCGCAGCGCUGGAGCCGACGCUGCAGCAGCUGCGCGCGAUGCAGCUGCACGAGUCGCCGUUUGUGGUGAGCUCAGUGGUGGGGCAGGAGCUGCUGCAGGCGGGACAAUAUCAAGCGGCGGUGGCGGUGCUGGAAGCGGCGCUGCGCAUUGGCAGCUGUUCGCUUAAGCUGCGCGGUUCGGUGUUUAGUGCGCUAAGCUCGGCGCACUGGGCGCUCAAUCAGCUGGAGCAGGCCAUAGGAUAUAUGCAGCAGGAUUUGGCAGUGGCCAAAUCGCUGGGCGACACCGCAGGCGAAUGUCGCGCGCAUGGGAAUUUGGGUUCGGCUUAUUUCAGUCAAGGCGCUUACAAGGAAGCGCUGACUGCGCAUCGCUAUCAACUGGUGCUGGCGAUGAAGUGCAAGGACACGCAGGCGGCAGCAGCGGCGCUCACAUCGCUGGGCCAUGUGUACACGGCGAGCGGCGAUUAUCCCAAUGCGCUGGCCAGUCACAAGCAGUGCGUGCAGCUGUUCAAGCAGCUGAGCGAUCGACUGCAGGAGGCGCGUGAGAUUGGCAAUGUGGGCGCAGUUUAUUUGGCGCUGGGUGAAUGCGAAGCGGCGCUGGAUUGCCAUACGCAGCAUCUGAGGCUGGCGCGCAAGCUGCACGAUCAGGUGGAGGAGGCGCGCGCUUACUCCAAUUUGGGCUCGGCGCAUCAUCAGCGACGGCAGUUCGCUCAGGCAGCCGCUUGUCAUGAGCAGGUGCUGCGCAUAGCGCAGAGUUUGGGCGAUCGCUCCAUCGAGGCGCGCGCCUAUGCAGGGCUGGGGCAUGCAGCACGCUGCGCGGGCGAUGCGGCCGCCUCCAAGCGCUGGCAUGAGCGACAGCUGGCCAUGGCGCUGGCAGCGCGCGAUAAGCUGGGCGAGGGACGCGCUUGCUCCAAUCUGGGCAUUGUGUAUCAGCUGCUGGGCGCACACGAUGCGGCGCUGAAGCUGCAUCAGGCGCAUUUGGCCAUAGCGCGCGCGCUGGGCGAUCGCGCAGGCAUGGGACGCGCCUAUGGCAACAUGGGCAAUGCGCAUGCGGCCGCUGGCGCUUACGAGGCUGCAGUUAAGUAUCAUAAGCAGGAGCUGGCCAUAAGUCAGGCGGUGCACGAUCGCAGCGCUGAGGCGGCCACACAUGGAAAUUUGGCAGUCGCUUAUCAAGCGCUGGGCGCGCACGAUGCGGCGCUGGCGCAUUAUCGCGCACAUUUGGCCACCGCCAGCGCUUUGAAGGACGCAGCGGGCGAAGCUUGCGCUUUGCUCAAUCUCGGCAACUGCCUGAGCGCGCGUCAGCAAUACGCGGACGCAGUGCCUCAUUACGAGUGCUACUUGAUGCUGGCGCAGGAGCUGGGCGACGUGGCCGCCGAGGGCAAAGCGUGCCACUUGCUCGGCUAUGCGCACUACUGUUUGGGCAACUAUCGCGCCGCUGUGCGCUACUACGAUCAGGAUUUGGCGCUCGCCAAGGACGCACAGCAUCGUCCGCAUAUGGGACGCGCCUAUUGCAAUUUGGGUCUCGCGCAUCUGGCGCUGGGUCACACCGCCGCCGCUCUGGAGUGCCAGCAGCUGUUUCUGGCCGUCGCCCAUGCCACUGGGCAGCUUGCGGCCAAAUUUCGCGCGCUGGGCAACAUUGGCGACAUUCUCAUACGCACUGGUGCCCACGAGGAGGCCAUCAAGCUGUAUCAGCGCCAAUUGGCGCUGGCGCGCGCCGCUGGCGAACGCAGCAUGGAGGCGGCUGCGUGUGGCGCUUUGGGGCUGGCGCAGCGUCUGCUGCGGCGCUGGGACAAGGCGCUGGGGCAUCAUACGCAGGAGCUGACGCUGCGCCAGGAGCUCGCCGAUCUGGCGGGCGAGUGUCGUGCGCACGGGCAUUUGGGUGCGGUGCAUAUGGCGCUCUGCUCCUGGACGCACGCGGUCAAGUGUUAUCAGGAGCAGCUGGAGCGUGCGCAGGAGCUGCGCGACGCCGGCGUCGAGGCGCAGGCGCAUGGGAAUUUGGGCAUUGCGCGUCUCAAUAUGGCGCACUAUGAGGCCGCCAUUGGCUGCCUGGAGGCGCAGCUGGGCACACUGGAGCGCGUCUCGUUGCCCUCAACGCCGGCGGAUCGCGCACGCGCUCUCGGACACUUGGGCGAUUGCUAUGCCGCGUUGGGGGACUACGAGGAGGCGCUCAAGUGUCAUGAGCGGCAGCUGCAGCUGGCGCUCGGUUUGGCCAAUCAUCGUGAUCAGGAGCGCGCCUAUCGUGGCCUGGGACAAGCGCGUCGCGCGCUGGGGCAACUGUCCGCCGCUUUGGUUUGCCUGGAGAAGCGUCUGGUUGUCGCGCACGAGCUGCACAGUCCGGAAGUGAAAGCUUUGGCCUACGGGGAUCUGGGCCAGGUGCAUGCCGCUUUGGGUAAUCACGCGCAGGCGCUCAACUGUCUGGAGCAUCAGCGUGAGCUGGCGCGUGGCCUGCAGGAUCGCGCACUCGAAUCGGAUGCCAUGUGCGCGCUGGGGCAAGUGCAGCAGCGCAUGGGGCAGCUGGCGCAAGCGCUGCAGCUGCACGAGCAGGAUCUGCAGCUCUGCACCGAGCUGGCGGCUCCGGCGUUGCAGGCACGCGCUUUGGGCAAUCUCGGCGCCGUGCAGGAGGCGCUCGACCAGCCGCUGGAGGCGCUCAAGUGCUACGAGCGGCAGUUGUCGCUCAGCUCGGAUCGGCUGGGCAAGGCGCUGGCAUGUGGCGCGCUGGGGCGUGUGCAUCAUCAGCUGGAGCAGCACGAGCAGGCGGUGGAGUAUCUGCGGCAAGGACUCGCCAGCGCUCAGUCCAUUGGCAAGUCGGAGGAGGAGGCCAAGAUAAGACAUCAAUUGGGUCUUGCUCUGCGCUCCUCUGGCGACGCUGAGGGCGCGCGGCUGCAGCUGGAGAUGGCGGCGCAGCUGCUGGAGUCGGUGCGUCAGGAGCAGCGCAGCCCGGAGGCGCGCGAGGCGAUGUUCGAGCUGCAGACAAGUUGCUACCACUUGUUGCAGCAGCUGCUGGUGGCGCUGCAGCGCAACGAGGAGGCGCUGCUGGCCGCCGAGCGCUGCAAGGUGCGCGCCAGUGAAUCGAAGUCGAGCACAGCGACGCUGCUGCAUGCGGAUUGCCUAUUGGAGGCAGUGAAUCGAGCGCGCAUGCCCGUGCUCUACUAUAGUCUGGCCGGGGCGGAGCUCUACGCGUGGCUGCUGCAGCCCCAGGCGGGCAUUGUGCGUUUCCAUGCAACGCGCAUCGAUGAGCAGACGCUGCAGCUGCCCCCAGCCAGCCAAUUGGAGCAGCAGCAGUCGCAGUCCCAGUCGCCGCAGUCUGGUGAAGCUUUGCUGGAGCGCUAUGUGCACAUGGUGCGCGAUAAUUUGGGCGUAAAUCAAACGCAGCGCGAGGCGGCGGAUGCGGAUUGGCGCUCGAGCAGUGAGCAGCUGCUGGAGGAGUUGCCUGCGUCAGGCGCUAGCGGCGGCUUCUUGCGCAUGGUGAGUCGCAAUCAGCUGCUCAACUCUUCGAACUACUCGCUCAGCUCGCUGUUCUCGCUGGGCUCGCUGGCCAGUCUCCAAGGCUCGACGCGCUCCAUUGGCAGUCGCAGCUCGCGCCGUGCGCCAAUUGCAGCCGCAGCGCCAGCGCUGCCCGCUUGGCGUGGUCCCGCCUGUUUGCACACGCUCUACAAUUUGCUGCUGGCGCCGUUCGCCGAUCUGCUGCCCAGCAGCGGCAGCUGCUCGCGUCAGGCGCGUCGCGAGCUUAUCCUAAUACUCGAUAGCGCGUUAUAUUUGGUGCCGUUUGCGCUGCUGCGCGCCGCCGGGGAUGAGGGUGAAUAUUUAUCGGAGCGCUGCGCGCUGCUUUCGGCGCCAUCGCUGCAGUCGCUGCGUCUGCGUCCGCGCAAUCGUCGCGAUCGCAGUCGUCCGCCCUCCGCUUUGGUUGUGGGCGGGCCGCGUGUGCCUGCCGCUCUGGCCGAGCGCUGGGGCUGGGCAGGCGGCGAGUCGCCGGCGGCUCUGCAAGAAGCCGCCAUGGUCGCCGAUAUGCUGCAGGCCAACGCUUUGGCCGGCUGCAAGGCCACCAAGGAGUCGGUGCUGGCCGAGCUCCCAGCCGCGGAGUGCGUUCAUUUUGCUGCCAAUCUUAGCUGGAAACUGGGCGCUGUGGUGCUCAGUCCCGGCGAUGUGGUCACCGCCGAGCAGCCUGCCGACCAAAAGGAGCCGCACGAGCCGCAGCUGGCGGACUUCACUUUAGCCGCCGCUGAGCUGCGUCAGCUGCGCUUGAGCGCGCGUCUCGUUGUGCUCAGCUCGUAUCAAUCGGUGGAGCCCAUCACAGGGGGCGGCGUUGCACAGCUCGCGGGCGGCUGGCUUAGAGCAGGCGCCGGCGCUGUGCUCAUCUCGCUUUGGCCCGUGCCGGAGACGGCGGCCAAGAUUCUGCUGCGCGCCUUUUACUCCGCUUUGCUGCAAGGCGCACGCGCUGCUCGCGCUUUGGCGGAGGCAAUGCAAACGGUGCAGCAUACGAAGCACUUUGCCCAUCCGGCCAACUGGGCGGGCUUUGUGCUGGUCGGCGCCAACGUGCGUCUGUCCAACAAGGUGGCGCUGCUGGGUCACGCGCUCUGCGAACUGCUGCGCACGCCGGAGCGUUGCCGCGACGCCUUGCGCGUCUGUCUGCAUCUGGUGGAGAAGAGUCUGCAGCGCAUUCAUCGCGGGCAGAAGAACGCCAUGUACACCACACAGCAGAGCAUCGAGAAUAAGGCUGGACCUGUGGCCGGCUGGAAGGAUCUGCUGAUGGCUGUGGGCUUUCGCUUCGAGCCCGCCGCCAAUGGCAUUCCCUCGAGCGUUUUCUUUCCCCAAACCGAUCCCGAGGAGCGGCUCUCCCAGUGCUCCGCCAGUUUGCAGGCGCUGCUGGCGCUAACACCGGCCACGCUCCAAGCGCUGGCCAAGCUCGUGAACAGCGCCGAGCAUGCGGAUGAUAUAAUUGCAGUGGUGCGAAAUAUUCUGACGCAGUUUCCAGCCAAACUAAACGAUGCCGGGAACGAGGCGUGCAUCAUCGAAAUGCCGCUGAGCGUGCGUCUGUGGCGCGUUGCCGGCUGCCACGAGCUGCUCGCCUCCGUGGGCUUCGAUCUCACCGAAGUGGGCGCCGACCAGGUCAUUCUACGCACCGGCAAACAGGCGAAUCGACGUCACUGCCAGUUUGUCCUCCAAGCGCUGCUGGCGCUGUUCGACACACAGGAGGCGCCCAAGAGCCUGAGCCUGGACAGCGACAGUGACAGUGACGAUGGCGAAAGCAGCGCCAGCUGCGCUUCACUUGCCGAGCCGCAUGCAGCGAGCACGCCCAGCGCCAGACCCAGAGGAGCAGCAGCUGCAGCCGCAGCGACGAGCAGCAAUGAGGAGCAGCAGUUGGCGCUGCCGCUGCCGCUGCAUCCACGCAGCGCAUUCAUUUCGUAUGUGCGACGACGCGGCGAACCCGACGGCGGCGGCGGUCUGGACUCCAGUCUGGCCAACACAACGGAUAGCGAGCACUCCUUGUCCGAUGGCUAUGCAACGCAAGCAGCGCAGCCGCAGUCGCAGUCGCAUGCGCGCUUGGGUUACGCCAGUUUGCGUGGUCCGGUGCGUGUUUCGCGUCCUGGCGGCGGCGGCGAAAGCGAUGCAGCAUUUACGCCCAGUCCGCCAGUAACCGAUCCCAGCUUGACGCUGGCGCUGGCGCAUCAAACGCGCAUACGCUGCCUCUAUACGCAGUCGGGCGCAGCAGCAGCAGCGGCAGCGACGACAGCAGCAGCAGCGGCGGCGGCAGCGAGUGCAGCGGGACGUCGUCCGGAUAGCUCAAGCAGCGCCAGCAGCAAUACCACAGACUGGGAGGGCUCGGGGCAUGCCACAGUGUUGCGACGCAGCGUGCAGCAGCCAACGCUGCAGCAGCCACCGCUGCCGCCGCCCAGACCAGUGGGCGUGGCAGCACGCAGCAAACCGAAAAUAAAACUGGGCAGCGCGCAAAGUUCGCUGGCGGCGCGUGUAAACAAGGAGCACGCGCUGUUCAUGGAUCGCCUAAGCGUGCGCACCGAACUGGGCGGCACAGCUGUGGGCGUGGUCGCUACGCCCACACGCAAGCCGCUGGCGCUAACAGAAACCGAAGCAGCCAAUUGUUUGUACUUUGCGCCCACUGCAGGCGCCGAUUUGCUGGUGGAGUCGUCGACAGCGCAGCCAGCGCCGCCGCCGCCGCUGGAGCCAGACGCAGCUGCAGUUAAGCCCAGCGCCAAAUGCAUACAGGACAGCAUAAUGCGCCAUAUGAAUCGUGAGCUUACGCCCAGCAUUUCAGAGCUUUAUCAUGAGCGUCAAAUGGGUUUGGGUUUGGCGCCGCCGCUUUCGCAGCUGCUGCUCAGUCCCAACUACGAGCAGCAGCAGCAACAGCUGCAGCAGGAGCAACAACCAGAGUCUGUGGCGCUCAAGUCGCUAGUGGAUGCUGUCGCUGAGCUGGAGCUAAGCGGCAGCAGCUCCGGCGCCACCAUGCCCACUGUCGUCGCUGGCGAUCCCAGCGCGCCCGCCGCGCUGGACUCACCCACGCUCAAGCCCUGGCUCAGCAAUGUGCCCAACACCAGCAGCUUUGUGCAGGCCAGCGAACUCACCACUGCUGAUCUGCUCGAGCGUCGCUUGGAAACGGGCAACGUUAGCAGCAGCAGCAGCGCGCCCUUUGCCGCUGAGCUCUGUCGCCGCGACGAGGGCGAUGGACGCAGCGUUGCGGACUCUCAAUGCAGCAGCAACUACAAACGCGUCCUGGCCAGCGCGGGAGCAACUGGCGUUGGCCUCGUCGGCGUUGGCGAAACUGAGCCGCAGUCCAUUAACUCGGUCGCCACCUGCUCAGCCGCGCGUCUCGUCUAAUUCUCAUAAUUUAAAUUCCUUUUUUUUUGUAUUUUUUUACGCUCUGCACUGAUUUAAUUGUUAAGCUUAAUUAUACUUUAUUUAGUUAGU